AUGAACAUCUUCCGGUUUGCCGGAGAUAUGACUCACCUCGUCAGCGUCCUCCUUCUCCUCCUCAAGAUCUACGCCACCAAAUCCUGCUCAGGUGAACUCUUCCUGCCUGUUCCUCCCCCCGCAAGCCAGGGAGCGUUGGAUGGAUCCCUCUCUUCGGGAAAUUGUUAUCGUAGAAUAUGAAUAUCGUUGUGCGCGCUUGUGGUUAGGGAUCUCACUGAAGACGCAGGAACUGUACGCGCUGGUUUUUCUGACGCGUUACCUGGACUUGUUCACUGAUUUCAUAUCGAUCUACAACACUGUGAUGAAGGUGAUAUUUAUCACGAGCUCCCUCGCGAUUGUCUGGUGCAUGCGCGCGCAUCCUACCGUCCGGCGGUCCUAUGACAGGGACCAGGACACCUUCCGCCAUCACUUUCUCGUAUUAUUGAGCUUCAUAAUGGCGCUCUUCUUCCCCGACCUUUUUACCACUCGAGAGGUAACUGGCAUUUGUCUGAUUGCAAUUCGACUUCUCUGUAAGAACCUCUAAUAUUUCGCUUUCCUCGCUUUCUAGAGCUGUUAUGGUUAGUGUCAUCGUAGGAAUCACCUUCCCAACGACGUUACACAGAAUUACUGCUGAAAUGAAGAAAUAGAGUUGAAUCACAGUUUAUGAUGUUCAUGUGCUUCUCUCCAGAAGAAGUAAAAUCUGAGGGAAUUUCCGUCUCUGAUCCCCUCAGAUCUAAUGAAGGAAGAAAUCGUUUCCAUUUUCCCUUGCUGCAGGUACUUUGGGCAUUUUCCAUUUACUUAGAAGCAGUGGCUAUCCUUCCUCAACUAGUUUUGCUUCAGAGAUGCAGGAACGUCGACAAUUUAACCACACACUACAUUUUUUUCCUUGGGUAUGUUUUUCUGAAACGUAGUUAUCUAAAUCUUCUUUUUUUUUCUUUCUUUUUUUUUCUUUCUUUUUUUUUUUUUUCUGAUUCCAUCCUUGUUCAUCUUGUCUCUGUUCCUAAUCAAAGGGCAUCUCCCUUCCAUCCCUCUCCUUAUCUCUCAAUCAUUCUUUGAUUUGAGAACCCGACGACACCAAAAUUUCUUAUAAUUUUGAGAAGUUCUAGAAAUCAGCAAUCCUGCACGAUUUUCUUUCACUCUUUACAUGCGUACAAACAAUUAUAGAGGAUUCAAAUAGGAUGAUCUGUCCUUCUAAUUCCAUCUCCUCGUCCCUUCCAUUUCUCUCUCUCACUCACUCACUCACUCUUGUCAAUUUGACGCCAUUAUUACCAUACAUUCCUUACCCAAAAGGGACAUUCGGUCUGCUGGUGGGUGAAGAUGAAGAGGUACCCACACCACCUUCGGACAUGUCUCCUUUUCGUUUCUCAGUUUUCUUCUGCGGCCUUGCAGAUCAUAUCGCGCAUUGUACGUCCUCAAUUGGAUCUACCGCUACUUCACAGAGAAGCAUGCCGGCCGAUGGAUAUGUGAGUUGAUUGGCAGAUGAAAAUCCGACCCACCCACCCACCCACCCUCAUUCCCUCUCCUUCUAACACGAGGUGCAUGGUCUUCUUCAGCGUGGAUCUCUGGCCUCGUGCAGACAGUUCUCUACCUGGACUUCUUCUACUAUUAUUUUAUCAGGUGGAGUGCAGUUCAUCGAGUCUCUGCAAGUUUUCAUCGUCUUUUUAGCCUGCGAGAUAUAAAGUGUGCCUCUUGACUUGCAUCCGGAUUGUUUCCCAUUUCAGCUGGAAGAGCAGUGAGAAGCUUCGCUUGCCAGCGUAG